CAUAUCCCAUGAGGCACUGCAACUGCAUUUUUUGGCGAAAAUCUCUCCUUUCAAGUGUAUUGGUGAAAACUAACAAAUUUCCGUAGAAUAAUUUUUUUGACCAGUUCUCCUAUGGGCCCAUUAUGCCAAUGCAGCUGUGAAAAGGAAGCAGGCUUUAAAUGGAUUUGGAAUGAGAAUCUUACCCAUAUGCAUUAUUGCAUGUUGCUGAUAAAAUUAUAAGUAGGUUACUCUGGGGUUUGCAGAUGCAUAACUCCAUUGUUUUUUUCCCUUUACAGGGUUAACCGAAAAGUGGUCUUCCAUGAAGUUCUGGGGUCAUUUUAAUGGAUGUAUUUGUAGCUGUUGUAACAACUACCAUAUUGCAUCAGGCCAGGUGAAAAAAAAUAUGAUAUACUAAGAGACAUAUUUUCAAGGGUAUUUAUAUGCCUAAAGAUGCAGACAGGUGUCUAGUUGGAUUUAUUAAUGUACUUAAACAGGUUACUGGUCAGAUUUUUAAAGAUAUUUAGGUGCCUUGUGGGACUUUCAAAAGCAUCUGGGCACCUAACAUCCAUUCAAAUCAAUUGACAUUAGUUCUUGAGGUUCUUUUGUAAAAUCCCUCGAGAGGAAUAAGUGAAUCUUUAGACCUUUAAAAGCUUUUGAUAAUCUGGCCAAAAUAAACAUUGAAUACAGUUAAAAGGGGUGGAAUAACAAGGGAAUAGUUGCAGAUUUGGGGAAAGAUCUUUCUGGUUUGGUUAAUCUUUAUUCCUUCCUUUCUUUCCUUCCAGAGAAUACAUGGCAGACGUGGAAUGGAAAAAUGAAACAUCCAUCACCAAGUUCAUCCUUCUGGGAUUUGGGAACCUGAAUGAAGCUCAGAUUCUACUUUUUGUGCUGUUUCUGGUGAUCUACAUUUUGACCAUGGCUGGGAACCUCCUCAUAGUUGCGCUAGUUGUGGCUGAUCAGCAGCUUCACACCCCCAUGUACUUCUUCCUGGGGAACUUGUCUUUCCUGGAGACCUGCUACACCUCAGUCAUUUCCCCCGGGUUGCUGGCUGUGUUCCUGGUAGAGGAUAGGACAAUCUCCUUCGGGGACUGUAUCACACAGUUAUUUUUCUUUGGAGCUUUAGCUUCUAUAGAGUGCUUCCUUCUUGCAGUCAUGGCUUAUGACCGUUACUUAGCCAUAUGCAACCCACUCAGCUAUAAGGUUAUGAUGAACCUCAGGGUCUGCCUUCUUUUGGUAUCUACCUCCUGGAUAUCUGGUUUCUCAACCUCAGCUUUAGUAGUGGGGACGGUGCCCCAGCUAAAUUUCUGUGGCCCAAAAGAAAUUAAUAAUUUCUUCUGUGACAUGGAGGAGCUGUUCAAAUUAUCCUGCCCAAAAAGCCCUCUGGUAGAAAUGACCAUUCUGGUCUCCUGCUCCCUGAUAAGCCUGGUCCCUUUCAUCUUCAUAAUUGUGUCUUACGUUCUUAUCCUCUCGGCCAUCCUGCAAAUUGCCUCCUCCGCUGGGAGGCAGAAGGCCUUUUCCACCUGCGCCUCUCACCUGUUGGUGGUGAGUCUGUAUUACGGGACCAUCAUUAUCAUGUACAUGACACCAUCAGUGGAGGUGUCCCCAGGCUUCCAUAAAGCUCUGUCUCUCAUGUACACCGCCGUCACCCCAAUGUUCAACCCCAUCAUCUACAGUCUGAGGAAUAAAGAGGUGAAGGGGGCCUUUUGGAAAGUUGUGAUGCAGAAUUUAGGCAUGAUUUAGGUUGUGAUUUUCAGAUUGGCCUCAGGAAGUUUAGCUCCCAACUCCCAUUGGCAGAUCAGUGCCUAACUUCUUUAGACCACCUGGAAUAACCUAGCUCAGAUCUCAACAGAACUAUGACGAUUGCAUGCAGUCUUAACUGGAUUUAUUAAUGAUCUCUUUGUCUGGGCCUUUCUUCUUCCCCAGCAUCACUCAGGAUUUCACAACACUUGGCCUGAAAGAAUUCCUGUGAUGUUAGACGCAGAAAGUUUGAGAAGGGACUUUUAUCAUGGCCUUUAUUGUCUAGCUCUGCUUGAAGUUUCUUUGCAUGGCUGCAAGAUAAAAUGUGGACACAAAACUUUGGUGUCUUAGAUGUUUCUAAGAUCUUUGAUUUCCCUCGUGGUUUUUCCUCCAUGAUCACAAGAACAGCUCCUCCCUCCAGCUUUACCUGCACAGAUACUUGCCCAAAAAACCAGAACAUGCAGAAAAAGUGUGCAUGAUCAAGUAUUCAAGGUUGGAGGGAGAGUAGAGCAGCUGUGAAGACAUGUUUGAACUAAGUUCCUGUUGUCAAUCUGAAACAACAUGGCACUGCACAGCUGAGGCUUUAAUACUGGAAUUUAUCCUUGACAAAAUAUGAAGUCGGUCUGAGAUUUUCAAAGAAGCCUAUGGUAGAUAGGCACCCACAUCCAACUGUAAUUUGGGUGUUUAGUUCCCUACACUUACUUUGGGAAUCCCAGCCUUCCUGGUUGCCAGAUGCCAAGGCUGUUAUGGCUUUGGGAGUACUGGCCAUCACCUGAGCUCAAGAAAACCUGUUCUACCAAGUGUAAAAAAGAGCAAACUUCAGAACAUCUGAAACCAGGCAGAGUAGGACAGUGUUUUGUGCAGAAGGAUAAACAUACACAUUUGUGUGUGUACGCACAUCAAUUAAUGAAAACAUUCUGGCAUAGUCUAUAUAACCAUUGCAUUUAUGCA